AUGUCAGAUGACAAGAAGGGCCAUAUGGGGAGCUUUGAAGAUAUUCAGAGCAAGUUAGAUAAACGACUUGGGCCGGAGUACAUUUCUAAGAGAAUUGGGCACGGAUCUACGAGAGUUGCUUAUAUUGAGGGAUGGAAAGCCAUCAACUUAGCCAAUCAGAUAUUUGGGUUCAACGGAUGGUCCAGUGAGGUUAAAAGCGUAACUGUUGAUUUCAUGGACGAAAAACAAGGACGGUUUACGAUUGGGUGUACGGCUAUCGUGCGUGUAACUUUAGGUGAUGGGACGUUUAGAGAGGAUAUUGGUUAUGGAACUGUGGACAAUGAACGUAGGAAGUCAGCUGCAUUCGAAAGAGCUAAAAAAUCUGCAGUUACAGAUGCGUUGAAGCGUAGUUUACGGUCUUUUGGAAAUGCUUUGGGCAACUGUUUGUACGAUAAAGAUUUUCUUUCCAGGAUAGAUAAGGUAAAAUUCGAGCCGCCUGAUUUCGAUGAGGGGAAUCUCUUCAGACCUGCUGAUGAGAUCAGUGAAGUGUCACGGUCUAAUACAGUUCCAGAGCAUCAUGAUGGCCCAAUAGUCAAAAAGCGUAAUCUAGUACAAGUCGCUCAUGCUCAGGUAGCCGCGGCAACUGCAGCCUCGAGGCCAAGUAACGUACGACCAAGUACCUACCAUACAGAAGGGGCCGUUGAAGACACAGAAUUACCACAAGAGGAAGCUACUUAUGCUCCACAGCGAUCACCUACCGAAAAUGAGCAUGAAGAUCUUCUGGAUGAUUCCUUCAUGUUCAGCGAUGAAUUACAAGAUGAUGAUCUAAUGAACAUCGGUUCGGUGAAAAAACCUCCUAUUGCAUCAGCUGGUAUGCAUGCUCCAGCCCAAAUAGCUGUUCAUAAGUUGUCCAGACCGACAGUCCCUGGAAAGGAUGUUCCUGUGGCGUUUGUUACAGCCAAGGCCGCCCCGAAUCUGCAGAACAAAACCCCAAUCCCCACAGACCAGAUGUUCAAUCCCAAAUUUCAAGCACAGUCCAUCAAGCACACUGUGGAUCAAUCCACAUCUACACAUGUAAAGGUAAACGUGCUUAAAGAUAAGGGCAUCGACCAACACAGAGACAGCUUUUAUGCGAAAUUUGCUCCUAAAGGUAAGAUAUUGGAUUCCACAGAUACCUCUAAUACCUCCCACUCAAGUGCGCUGGCACAAGAUCACCCAAGGUUAUCUCCUAGCCUCUCGCUUAUACAAGAUGAAAACAAUACUAACACUUCCAGCCUGCCAAAACCGACACUGAUUGAGCUACCCACCCCGCAACACGCAAAGUCUAACAUAGCGUUACCGAAACUGCCCAUACAAAGAAGAGAGGUCGGUAGACCAAAGAUAAACCAUCCAAACUUGCGUAGACCGUCUAUACAGCAAUGA